UCUCAUGUUAGUUUAUCAAAUAGUUUUCAUGAACAUUGUUUCAUGCUGUUAAUAAUAAAUAAUUUCCAUCGUGAACAGGUUAUAAUGUAUCUCAUGAUGAUGAGAUCACAGAUUCAAUAAAAAUGAUAGUAAUAACAAUACUGAUUCAUGGACGAUAUUGUUAUUUUGCGGAAUAAAAACUGAUAAUCAAUACAUCAAGCCCAUCACUAUGAAUAUUAUUAUCACUUCAAGUAAACGUAAUCCCGUAAUUAUCUUCAGUUUAUUAGUCACUUUAUUGUCCAAUUGGAUCACCACCGGUAUGAACUCUGUUAAAAUCAAACAGUUUAACAUACCAUCAACAUUUGACCUUCGAACUGUAAAUUCAACGUUAAUCUUAGACUGUGAUUAUAAUUAUAAUGAGAAUGAUUUGUAUUUAGUUGUACGUUGGUUUCAUCAAGGUACAACUGAUCGGCCUGAUCCAAUAUACCAAUGGAUACCUGAUAGGAGAGUUCGCCAUAUAGCGGAGGAUUAUAAAAGUUCAUUUGAUAUGUUGCACGUUUCAGAUGCCUCAGACCCAUAUACAAUGUAUCGUUCGAUAGUUCUUCACGAUCCAGUGCCAUCAAUGUCCGGUAAAUAUAAAUGCAGAAUAUCAUCUCUAGCUAAUUCCGAUUCUAGGGAAGGCAACGUUUUUAUUUAUGCAUCUCCUCAAUCAUUUAAAUUCACUUCUCGAGUUGAUCCUGUUACUGGUAAUCUCCAUCUUAAAUGUAUAACUCUUCAAGUUUAUCCGUUGCCCCAAGUUAAUUUAUACAAAUUGAUCACCACCAAAAGUGCCAAUAAUAUGGUUGUAACACCAACACUAAUCCAUCUAGUUAAUGUAAACAAAUCAAUCAGCUCACCAAUUUCAUCAUCACCGUCAUCAUCAAAUUACUAUGAUGUGUCUAUUGAAUAUAUAUUAACUGAACAAGAGCUUCUGGCAACAGCCUUAAGUCGGACACCAACAAUAUUUGAAUGUCAAGUAACAAUUAACAAUACUCUCUAUUCAUCAACCAAACGUAUCACUUUAUACUCAAAUAGAUCAACAUCUGAAUAUCCUAAAACCAAAUACUCACAGAUAAUUUUAUGGUGUUUAACGAUAUUCGGAACCAUGGUGCCAAUAAUAAUGGAAGGAAAUUACUUUUGCUGAUAAAUUGGACAAUUAAAUAAAUUGUUUUUAUGUUUCUUUCGAUAAAUAACCUUUUAAUUUGGUAAUUUAAUUAGUUAGCAGCCUAAUCUAUCAAAUUAAUUGUGAUAUAACAUUUAAAGGAAACGUUAUAAUGCUGAAAAAGUUUUCUGAUGGUCUCAUGGAGACACAACAUUGUAACACUUAAUUGUUUUUAUUUUCAAAUUAGUUAAUUACUUUCAACUUUUUUUCGAUUCUCAUCCUCUUUUCAUCGUUUAUUUGAUUAAUAUUUAAUGUUCUCAAUUGUGUAUAAAUAAAAUCAAUCUUUCUAAUAGUAAUUUGUAUUUAUCGUUGGAAAAUCAUGAAAUGUGAAUUUUAUAUAAGACAGAAAUUGUUAAAUUAUCGUAAAGCUCAUCAACUCACUAUGAUGAUUGUCAUUAAAAUGAACAACAAUUUUCCUGGAA